GCCACCUUCACAACACAUCAACCGAGCUUCUCUUCGACCAAGAUGUCUUCAGAACAGGCAGAUAAGCCCACGACUUCCUCGGAUGCCCCGGACGUCUCCCAUAUUAGCAUACAGGACAACCCUCCCACGAUGCGCCCAGAGGGUGAAGCAGCUGCGCCGCUGACGGACAGCAAAGGAUGGGAUGGAAAGCUUCGACUACCUCCCAAGGAAGUUGUUGUUGCAAACCCAGAAGCCUUCUCGGACCCAGAGUACUCAGACGACGAGAAUGUGUUGGAAGGAGAGGAAAUCGCCGCAGACGAAGAUCUUUUAGCAGACGAAAGCCCAGAUGUAGAAGAAAUCAUCUGCACGCAUGCACGAAUCGGAUCGAUCAAAUCACUUCGCCUAGAGCGUUUUAAUAAAGUGGCGCGUAUCUGCUUGCGACAGAACAACAUCCAGAAGAUGGAGGGCUUGGAGUCAUUGGCCGCAACUCUGAACGACUUGGAUCUCUACGAUAACCUGAUUUCCCACAUUCGCGGCCUGGACGAGUUGACAGGGCUCAACAGUCUAGAUCUCAGCUACAACAAGAUCAAGCAUAUCAAGCACGUCAACCACUUGACCGAACUCAAGGAUGUCUUCUUCAUUGCCAACAAGAUCAGCAAAAUCGAAGGUCUUGAUGGCCUUACUAAGCUCAAGUCGUUAGAACUUGGCUCUAACCGAAUCCGCGAGAUCACCAACCUCGAAACAUUAACUAGUUUGGAGGAGCUUUGGGUGGGCAAGAACAAAAUUACCCAGCUCAACGGUCUAGCCCCCCUUCACAAUCUUCGACUUCUCAGUAUCCAGUCCAACCGCAUUUCAGACCUCUCUCCUCUCAAAGACGUCCCUCAACUCGAAGAACUGUAUAUUGCACAUAAUAUGCUUACAUCGUUGGACGGCAUCGAACAUGGAGUCAACCUUCGCACCCUCGAAAUUUCUCACAAUAAAAUCACCUCUCUCAAAGGCUUGUCUGGUUUAACCAAAAUCGAAGAGCUUUGGGCUAGUUAUAAUCUCAUACACGACUUUGGCGAAGUAGAGCAUGAGCUAAAGGAUAAGGAAGAAUUGACAACCGUGUACUUCGAAGGAAAUCCUCUUCAGCUACGUUCUCCUGCGCUAUACAGAAACAAGGUCCGACUAGCUCUGCCCCAAGUCAAGCAGAUCGAUGCUACAUAUGUCAGAGUAUAAGCUUAGUUCUUUGUUUCCUACUCUCAGAUACGACUGGCGGCGUUUUGGAAUUGAAUAGACUGCUAUCUCAGCCUGCUUGAUAUUGAAAACUUUUUUCCUCCAUGUCAAUAAGGUCUAUGGGAUGCAACCAAAUUAUGAAUCUAUAUAUAGCGAACUCUUAAAUACAAAUUUCUUUUUGAACGU